CGAAUGGCAUACCAGGAAUGCCGAGAAUUCCUGGCGCUCCAGGGCCGCAAGGGCAACAAGGAAAAGAUGGAGCUAAGGGGGAGCCUGGUGUCAAGGGACCGAGAGGUAUGAUGGGAACAAGAGGACAAAAAGGAAAUCCAGGAUCACUUGGUAAAAAUGGUGCACCUGGAAUGAUGGGAAUAAAAGGAGAUAAAGGUGAUGAAGGGUCACGUGGCAGCAGUGGACCGCCAGGAAUCAAGGGUGUGAAAGGUGAGCAGGGAUCUAAAGGAGAGAAAGGAGAAAUCGUGAAUAGUGCAGUGUCACAGACCAACUGGAAACAGUGUGUGUGGAAAAAUCUCGAUGAUAAUAGAGAUAGUGGAAAGAUUAAGGAUUGCUCAUUCAACAAGCUGCAGUCUGAUACAGCUAUUAAAGUCUCAUUCCAGGGAAAUAUGAGAGUGAGAGGCACUUCAUAUAGAUGCAACCGGUGGUUCUUCAAGUUUAAUGGAAAUGAAUGCAGUGGACCAAUGACAAUUGAGGCUGUUGUGUACAACAGCUGGCCAUCUGGGAUUCCUAAUCUGCUUCAUCACAGAUCAUUUGAGGGAUACUGUGAAAACAUUCCACAGGGCAGGGUUACUGUGGAGUUAUGGGUAGGAAAGUGUCCCAGUGGUCAUACCCUGGGUGAUGCUUACACUGGAUGGCAAUCAGUAUCCCGGAUAAUGAUAGAGGAAGUGUCUAGAGCCCAGUCCUUGCUACAGAGAGUAAGUUCCAUGGGAACAACCACCAGUCCUCAACAACAGAAUCCUCAAGCUGGCGCUGACAAAGACCCAUGUGAGAAAUCCAUUUUUGCUCACGGAUUUUCUGGGAUUCCAGGAUCGAAUGGCAUACCAGGAAUGCCGGGAAUUCCUGGCGCCCCAGGGCCGCAAGGACAACAAGGAAAAGAUGGAGUUAAGGGGGAGCCUGGUGUCAAGGGACCGAGAGGUAUGACGGGAACAAGAGGACAGAAAGGAAAUCCAGGGUCAUUGGGUAAAAAUGGCAGGGUUACUGUGGAGUUAUGGGUAGGACAGUGUCACGGUGGUUAUACACUGGGUAAUGCUCACACUGGAUGGCAAUCAGUAUCCCGGAUAAUGAUAGAGGAAGUCUCUAGGGCCCACUCCUGA